AUGAUCACCACCAAUUCGGUUUCAACCACACCAAUUUACAAACGUUGGCGUCGUCACAUCAUCAUCAUGCAAUCUGCAAUCCACCGACCUCUGGAGAAGGAAUUCCCACGAUUAUCAAAACCAUCAAUCUUCUUUGACCCCUCCAUGCUUCACUCAAUCUCUCGCGACUCUCUACCCAGAAAUGCUUUCUCAUCCCUAAUCGAAUUGAAAAUUUUACCUAAGCGACAAUUCGAAUCAUCACACAUCGAGCAUCGGGACCUUCCCAAACUACAAUUCCUCCAAAUAGAGAAUUUCUCCGGUACCAUGAAACUCGUCUCAGGAAUUAAUCUCCGCAAUCUGCAGCGACUUUGCUUGAUGGGGGCAAAUCAAAGGUCAUUUCCAAUUACAUAA